CUGUCCAGAGGUUAGAGGGCAGAAGCAGUCUCUCAGUAAGCACAUUAGUCAGUCAUUAACACAGUUUAAACAGAACAUCCACCAUCCCAGCUCUUUAUUUUUCAACAUAUUUUCUGUGAGAAAGAAACAGACAGUGUGUUGGUCAGAUCUGCUAUCUACGACCAUGGCGAAGACACCGUUCCUCUGCUUGGCAUUGAUUUUCCUCUGGGCUGCUUCUGCAGUCUGUAUGUCAGUUUUUCACAGCAGUCCAGAGGCGCACAUGCUCCUGCGCUCCAGAAGGGCCAAUUCCCUUCUGGAGGAAUUCAAGUCUCCAUCUUUGGAGCGAGAGUGUAUGGAAGAGCGUUGUGACUUUGAAGAGGCUAAAGAGAUCUACCGGACCAAGGAGGCCACGUUAAAGUUCUGGACUAUUUAUGAAGAUAGCAUCAAAGCGAACUGCUCGGUGGACAACGGAGGCUGUGAUCACGACUGCCACGAGAGGAAAGACAAGAUAGGACGCUACUGCAGCUGUAUUAAUGGAUACACAGUCCAGGAAGACUUCAAGCAGUGUGUUCCAAAAAAUCAGCAGUCUUGCGGACAGAUUUUGAUCGCCAAGUCGUUCUACAGACCGAAGCCCAUUGAAGGUCUACAACCUUGGCUCGUUGGUGGUGAAGUUGGCAAAAGGGGAGAGAGUCCUUGGCAGGCUCUUAUCUUGAAUUCCAAAGGAAAAUUUCACUGUGGAGGCGUCUUGAUCAGUGAACUCUGGGUUCUCACUGCUGCUCACUGUCUUGAAGGAUUCAGCCGCUUCGCCGUCAGACUGGGUGACUACAAACGUUUUGAGUUCGAAGGAUCUGAGGUCACCCUUCCUGUGGUGAAAACUGUCCCGCACCCAAAAUACGAUAGCCUGAAGGCAGACAACGACAUAGCUCUGCUGCGUUUGGAGUCGCCCGUAAAGUUCAGCAAGUUCAUCAUCCCCGCCUGUCUGCCGAGUCGAGACCUGGCCGAGCGCGUGCUCCACCUCAACGGCACCAUGACGGUGGUGACAGGCUGGGGCACGGAUAAAGAAGGGACGGUGCCGUACAGCUCGGAUCUCAAACACAUCAGCGUGCCACUGGUGGAGCAAUCCGAGUGCGCGCACCACAUGGUCAACAACCUGACGCAGAACGUGCUGUGCGCCGGCAGCAUCGGGAGCAUCAAGGACGCGUGCAGUGGUGACAGCGGCGGCCCCAUGAUGACUCUAUACCGCAACACGUGGUUCCUCAUCGGCCUCGUAUCCUGGGGCGAGGGCUGUGGCAACACGGACAAACUGGGCAUCUACACCAAAGUCUCCAAUUACAUGGAGUGGAUCGAUAGCGUGAAAAAUCAGCCAUGAUCAAAUCCCAUCAUUCCAACUCUGUUCUGCCUAUCGUUCCACAUUUAGUUUGCUCAAUUAUUUCUGAAAUGGUUCUUCUGUUGACUAAAAAACAAGCCCCCAAACUUUAAAAUCAAAUCAGUAUCAUCUCAACUGUGUGCAAGGUUAUUUAUGACAAUGCACUAUUCAUUCCGAAAGCCCUUUCAAACUAUGAUGACCAGAGUUGCAUAGAUUACUGAGGAAAUAUAAUCUCAUACUGAUUACAGAUAAAUUGUCUAAACAUAUUAAACAAGGCUGUGGUUCGUUCGGAAGUAAUCAUGACUACGCCCUGGUCCCUUUGAAGGCACGAUGAGAACACAAUGUAUGAGACUGAAGUAUCCCCUCUUCAAGGGUUGAAAUGAACAAGCUUAGUAAUUUCACACACACACACCUGUAUGCUGUUUUAUAUCAAACUGUAUCACAGUCUAAUAAGUAAUGAAUAAAAUGCUUGGUAAUGUGCUGCUAUACUAAAUAAAAUAAUCAAAGAUG